AUCUGCAAGUCGGCUCGAUGCGCUGGCACCAGGAGAGUCAGAAGCAUGAAGACGCGGUGAGGAAGCAACAACACCUGCUGACAGAAGUGGAGAACCAGAAGAGGAUGGAAGACUUUGUUGCGAAUGACCCAGAGGGAGCGCGCAUAAUUCGGCUACUCCGCGCCAUGUUAUUCAUCUGCAAGGAAGAUGCGCCCAUCAGCAUGUUCACCCGCCUCGUGGGCUUCAUGGCGCAUGAAGGGGUGAAGGACGUUCCUAAGCAGAGCUACGGUGUCUACAUAACACAAGAGUCCCUGGCUGUCAAGGAUGCUGCCGCGGCCUUCCCGGACUUCAAGAUCAUCGAUGCCGUCAUCCGCGCAUUGGGGGAGAUUGUUGGCCGUUCCACCCCAUGGUAUGAGCGCUUCAAGCACCUGCAGAUGGUCAUCCACAACACCAACCUGGAGCAUCAAGGACUCUACCUUAUCCGGUGGCUCUCACGUGGCGAUGCAAUCAAGAGGCUCUGCAGCAUUCUCGGAGCGGCGAUCGUUGUCCUCAUCGAGUACAACCACAAGCUGGCACCGGUUGUGAAGACGCUGAAAUUUCACUACUGCCUGUACUUCCUCGCUGACGUCCUCGCCGAGAUGAACACCCUCAACAGGUUCUUUCAGAGGCGCUCUGUGGACAUCACCCUGGUGUCCCAGGAGGUUGACCGCACGGUCACCUACAUCCGGCACCGUUACAUCGAGUACGGUGCGACAUUCGGGGGGGGGAUGAGCAAGAGGCUGACCAAGUUCCUGCAGCGGCAUGCCAGCGGCAAGCGCAGCAUCGUCGUCGAUGGCAUGGACAACGACGGAAGUCCCUGCACGCACGCAUUCGAACUCUCGGAGGAAAAGCUACCCGGCCACAAGUUCGGCGGCAGCAUGUCGGACUGUGAGGACCUUUGCUCUGCGGCGGCCGAGCUGGAGCUCAAGACCUUUGUUCACAUCAUGAAGAACCACCGGGCGGAUGAUGACUUCAACCAGGGGCUGGCUGCCAUGCUCAAGACCCGCGACUGGCCUAAGAGCUAUCCCAACCUGAUGGCAUUGUGGCAGGCCAUGGCUGUGCUUCCACUGAGCACAGUGGAGUGUGAAAGAGGAUUCAGCAGACAGAACGUGAUCAAGUCGUGGCUGCGGACGAGCUUGUGCGAUGCAAGGCUGAGCGAACUCAUGACGAUCAACAUGCUGGACUACGACAUGGACUACGCCGAGAUCGUUGACAUCUGGAGGAAACAGAAGAUGCGAAAGCAGGCUAAGACAGUGGCCUAUGAGACUCCCCUCGACAAAGGCAAGAGUGCAGCCGAGGUUUCGGAUGAGGAGAUUGCAGCUAGUGAGGGUUCAUAUGAGGAUGAUGAUGAUGAUGAUGAUGAUUGAUGAGAUGCUGCUCUGUUACCGUGCCAUGUGGAUGUGAGACAAUAC